UCCCCGAUUGUUCUUCUGUUCGUUUAAACGAAGAAUACCAGAAGACGCUUCUUUACGCAUCAGAAUUCCUGAGCGACAAAUCCACUAAAAGACAUGACGACGCAUUCUCUUCCUUUUUUAGAGAACAGUCCUGGUCAAAAACUCCAGGUGGGAAAUGGAGUAAACAACAUUUUUGUGACACAGUCGCAGGACAGCAGAAGGGAAGAUGAUGCCAAUCACAUACCAGUUUUAAAAGUGCCUUCGAGCAGAGUCUUGGAGGCAGGAGUGACUACUUUGCAAAAGACCCUGGUUCUGAAGAAACAGGCAGAGCUGGAUGAGGUGGAGAAGCGACUUGCACUUAAACGGCUGGAUUUUAAAGCCUGCAUGGAGGCCCUUGCUCAGCGAAGGUCUGAACUUGAAAUAAAACUACAAGAGACUAAAGAAAAAGUAGGGAAAUUUGAGAAGUUCGUAGCUGAGAAUGAAGCAAAGCAACGCAGAGCGUUAAAGAGCUGUGAAGCUUCACGGGUGCAAAACAUUUUUAAAAAGCAGCAGAUAAAAGAUUUGACAGAACAGCUUAAAGGAUUCAGAGACAGGAGGCAAGUUUUAAAGGAGAGAGUGGCAAAAUACAAAAUCUAUGAGGAUUAUUUGAUAAAAACACGAGAUUAUCUCCCCAGCAAUUACCUCAAUGACGGGUCUGAAUCUCUAGUCAUGCCCAUCAUUUGGCGUCAUGAGACCUUAUCCAUCACACACCAGGAGCUGCUGCAACGUUUACAACGUAUGGAGGCGGAGGUGGAGGAAGGCCAGCGGCAGCUGCAGAAUAUGAAGGAGGAACACAGCGUAAAGAAACUGAUGGCCAAUAAAGAGCUGUCUGAACUGCAGAGUGAGUUAGAGACCCUCAAAGAGAAGAACAAGCAGGCAGAGGUUAACUUGCAGAUGGAGCAAGACUUAUCCAGAGAGAAGGUUACAGAAGUGGGAAGACUGCUUAUGGCCAUCAGCAACCUUGCAGAACAGUGUUACCUACCAGAAUACGGACCGCUGGAAAAGAUGAACGCGCUGACAAUGAUGGACAUGGUGAAGGAGUACAUUCUGGACAAGGUAGACACGGAGAGGAGAGCGAGGAGGAUGAUGGAGUUGGGGAGUUUGAUGACGAGCACAACCGCUGCGGCAAACAAAAGAGAGAGGGGGUCAAUGAGAAGCUUUGGAAGUAAAACACAAAUCAAAAGUUCAAGUAAAGUCAGCAGGAGUAGUGAGACAUUUGGUUGAUGUUGUAGUUUGAGUAUUCAUCACAGUGUUGUCUCUUAUGGUUUGUUGAGAGUGGAGGUUCGUUCUUGAGGUGGGAAGAAGCAUUUGCUACCACUUCGUAGCAAAUGAAGUGUUACCAAAACCUUGAGAAAAAAAAAGCUUGUAGGAGAACAUAAUGUUUUUUUUUCAUUAUUUGCCUUUAUAACAUUUGUUCAGUGUUUAAAAAAUGUGUGCACCAACCUUUGCACUUAAGACGUCAUAGACAAGGAACUGAAAACGUAGCUGUUUGAAAUGAGAUCCUCAUGUUUAACAGGUCAUCCGAACUUGUAAAUUUGGA